UUAUGUCGAGUGGGGAUACCUCAUUGAAAAAUUUGGCCGCUUAAUUCGUUCGUUAUAAAUACUAUACUGUCGAACAAGUCGCAUUGAGAGAAAAAGCAGAGAUGGUGCUGUCAUUAGAUCGUUGGGUGGGCAAAGUUGCUGUGGUAACGGGGACCAGUGCUGGAAUUGGUGCUGCAGUGGCGGAGGCGUUAGUAAAAAGUGGAGUUAUAGUCGCGGGAUUGGCUAGACGAAGAGAACGCACCGAAGAGCUUUCUAAAAAAUUGUCAGGCGAAAAAGGCAAAUUACACGCGGUGAAAUGUGAUGUAACCAAAGAAGAAGACAUAUUAGAAGCUUUCAAGUGGGUUAGGGAAAAUCUUGGACCGGUAUCUAUACUUGUCAACAACGCCGGCUUAGCGCUGGCCACUACUCUCAUAGAUGGUGAUUCCACAAAAUGGAAAACUUUAUUAGAUACGAAUGUUCUUGGCCUUUGCAUUUCCACAAGGGAGACGAUUAAAGAUAUGAAAGCUCACAACAUUGAUGGUCACGUAAUUCAUAUGAACAGUAUUGGAGGUCAAAGAGUCGUCUUCUUUCCAGUUUCGAACGUUUACCCAGCCAGCAAAUUCGCCGUUACAGCUCUAGCGGAGACUUUGAGAUACGAGAUAAAUAGUCAGAAUCUUAAAAUUAAAAUAACUAGUGUGAGUCCUGGACUGGUUGAUACAGAAAUUCUUCAAGCCAGCUUUGGAGAUGCCUUUGACACAGGCUCGUUAGAUCUGACCUGUGCACUGCGAUCCGAAGAUAUAGCUGACGCUGUUUUGUACGCACUAUCCACACCUCCACACGUACAGGUUUCGGAGGUUACAGUCCAACCGGUAGGGGAGAAAUUUUGAGAGCAACAAAAAAAUAUGCAUGCCACAACUAUAAUUUGUUAUGUUUUUUUCAACUGGUUACCUAUUGUAUAAGAUCAGUUAAUGUUUUUAAAUAUAUUAUUUAUAUGCACAAGUGAAAGUUUUUAUAAAAUAGAGCAAUUAAAAAAAAAACGAAAAUAGGUAAGAAAUAAGUUCAAAAUUUAUUGGUAAAACCGUUUCAUAAUAAGGAAUAAAAAUAUUUUUUUCAAGAUUUUUCUCAUUCUUAGUACAUUUAGCUUAUCUAGCAAUUCUUUGACAAUACAUGGUAUCCAUAAAGUGUACAUUGAGACUGCCUUAUAUUUGAAAAUGUAUGUGAAGGCUAUUUACAAAACUUCUGCAUUGGUACUGCGACGUAUGUUGAUGAAUCUAGAAACUAAUAAUAUCCAAUUCUUAGAUAUUCUUAUCAAUAGAAAAUCGACCUAACAUCGGCUACGGAUACAGUUCGAUACCCAAUACCUACCACAUCACCAUCCGGACCAAAAUCAUGGAUUAUCAACUCUCUUGUUUAGAGAACCACAAAACCGUCUCCAUCAGGCCCAGUGAAUCCAGAAUUAGAAACAUCUUAUAUCUGUUCUUAUCUCCAAUCAUUUCUACUUUAUGAGAGUGAAUCCGAAAGCAACCACACACUUGCUUGCCACUUUGCACUGUGCACUGUGUACCAACUGGCCCAAAAACCGUUGGUUAUCAACUAUCUUGUUUACAGAUCAGAGCAGUAAAACUACCUAAACCCUAAUCAUUGAUCUGCUUUCCCCUAUAAUAAUUUCCAAAUUAGAGAUAUUAAGUGUUCCAUCACAAAAUACACUUCACCACAAUCUUCCAAAGAAAAUGAGUCCGAAAGCAACCCCAAACUUGUCACUGUUGUCCUUCCUUAAAUUCAAAACAACACUGAUCACAUGUCAUAAGUUCUUAAGAUAUAUAAAUAAAAAAAAAAAAGAUUUACCACUUGUCCAAAAAUCUCUUAACAUCUUCGAUCCAUCAAAGACAAAAUUCCGUUUGAGAUACCAGGAGUUUACAGCAUUUCAUGCAUAUGCGGCAAAGAAUACAUUGGAGAGACCGGACGAAAAAUAUCAACUAGGCACACAGAACAUGAAAGCGCCAACACAAACAUAAUCACGAAACCGGACAUAAAAUUUGUAUUUGAUAAAACUAAAAUUCUUGCAUAAAGUCAUUUUUUUUACCAACGAAAAAUCCGAGUGCCUACAGAAAUCUAUAAGCAACCAAACAUCCCAGACAAUGUUCAUUUGGCUUCAUCAUUGAAGGUUUGCCAUGAUGACACCAAUUAUUUCACUCACCAUUUUUAUUAUUUUAUACCCAAACCAUUUUUAUUUAUUUCAGUUAAAGGAGACUUAUAAAAGCUGAUACCGACAAAGUUUGCUCUUGUGACAUAAAUGACAUAAAGCAGGUACUAUCGUUUAAAGUAAAAAAUAGUGCUUUUCUGCUCGUCGAUGGUAACUGUUAUGGACCAACCAAUGAAUUAUUUUUAGUCUGCUAUAUUUAGACUUUUUAAUAAUUUAAUAACUCUCUCGGGUUUUGGGAAACGAACUAGAAGGGUCCAUGCGGUUCAAGACACAUGGAGAUCCUGUAGUAUAAAUUUUAUCUCACCAAAACAAUUUUUGUUGAGUAUAGUAAAAAUGAACCAAAAGAAAAGUUUUUUUAAUAUUCUAUUUACCAUAACAAUUGGCGGAAUAUUUGAACUGAGGUGGCUUUUACUUGAUGAAAAUCCAUUUAGCAAAAUAAAUAAGAACUAAAAGUUCAGAUUUUCACGAAAUUAUAUAUUAUGACAUGACAAUUGUUUCUUUGUGUCUUUAUCAAAUGUAAUAUUUACAAACUACCUGCUACUAUAUAUACCGAAAAAUGACAAUAAAACCUUAAUUAAUCUUGUUGUGAGAAUUUAAGUUCAAUAAAGGAGAGAUAUGUAAAUCUAAUUGAUCGUUAAGCAAUACAUUUGAAUGUCUCAUUUUGUUAAUCUCCAUGGCUUCCAAUAAAUUUAAUUUUCUACUUUUUGUGGCUGUAUGUAAAAUAUCAAAAUUGUCGUCAAAAAUGUGUUUUUCUGUGUUUAAGUGUGUAGCAUAAUUAGAAUCUAAACUAUUGUUUCAAAACGCUCUUUUAUGUUCGUCAAUGCGUUUCUUGAAGGAUCUACCUGUUUGUCCAAUAUAAAUUUUAGGACAAGAUCCACAUUUCAACCUAUAGACACCUGAUUUUUGGGAUUUUGGACAUUUAGUUUUAUUGUUUUUUAAAUAGUUUCCUAUUGUGUUGUUAGUUCUGAAAGCUAUUUUUAAACCACAUUUUGACAAAUGUUUUGAAACUUUUUCACUAGGUUCUCCUAUGUAUGUAAUUGUUUUAAAUUGUUCGUGUUCUGUACUAGGUUUCGGAUAAAUAGAGUUUACUGUUGUCUGUAUUUGUUUUUUAUUUAUAAUUUUAUCUAUAAUGGACGGAUUGUAGCCGUUGUUCAGUGCAAUUUGUUUAAUGAUAUUAAGUUCUUUGUUGUAAUUUUCUGUCGAGAGUGGCGUAUUAUGUAUGACUGUGCCCGCGUGUGUGAAGGUUUAUGAUAUAUUGAAAAAUCUAAUUUGUUUUGAGCUUUUGUAAUAGUUAAGUCUAAAAAAUAAUAAUAAUAAUAGAGUUAUCCUGUUCAAUCUCGAUAGUGAAUUUUAUACGAUUAUGUAAUGAAUCAAUGUAAUUUAAAAAAGAAUUCAAUUGUCUGCCCGUUCCAACAAAGCAAGCAAAGAUAUCAUCCACGUAUCUAUACCACCAAAAAAAACUUUUACUUAAAGGAUGUUCUAGUAUGAUAUUUUCCAAAUUACCCAUAAAAAUCUCGGCUAACAAAGGACUAAGUGGGUUUCCCAUAAUCAAACCUUCUUUAGAGAUAUAAAUCUGUCCAUUAAAUUCAAAAU